UAAAGCAUUGAGCAAAGUUGGUGGGAGACAUCAGCUAAUUUUAUCGACAUAUACGAGUGUCCUACGAAUAUCGAUUCUCGCCAUAGCGCAAACCUCUUUCCGAGACAAAUCGCGAGCAUUUGUAUUAGACAUGCAGUAGUGGCCAGUAGUGAACAAGGACAUAUCUGAUUCAAAUAUAAUCCCUGUGUUGUGUUAUUUUCAUUGCCCGACUUCAGCUAUAAAUAUUUCUUGUUUAUCGUAGGAAAAACUGCAGAAAUCGUGAUGAUAAUGCACGAAAAGCUCGGCAUCUGCGGGGAAAAGCAGCACGUGAUAAUACUCCUGCUAAUACAAGUAAUCGUAAUCCUCCUAAUGGGUAUUCUGAUGACGUACGGACCAGUUGCCCGACCAAAUGUACAAAGAAAUCAUUCAAUGUACCAGGACAUCCAUGUAAUGAUAUGGAUUGGCUUUGGCUUUCUAAUGACAUUUCUAAGAAAGUACGGACAAAGCGCCGUUGGGCUUACUUUUUUGGUUGGGGCGAUACUCGUGCAGGUAGCCAUGUUAUGCGAAGGUGUUUUCAAUAUCGAGAAAAACGGAAAGGCGCCAUUGUCACUUGAAUCACUACUAAGCGCAGACGUGGCCGUUGCUGCCCCUUUAAUAUCGAUGGGUGCACUACUGGGCAAAACAACGUACAUCCAGCUAAUCAUCAUGGGCGUAAUAGAGCUGAUUGUGUACACUAUCAACAAGUACAUCGGAGAGCACCAUUUCGUGGCUGUUGAUGCUGGAGACAGUAUGUACGUUCAUGCUUUUGGUGCUUAUUUUGGAUUAGCAGUGAGUUUUAUGUUUGGGAUGAAAGAAAAACCAAAGGAAAAUAGUCUGGAAGGAUCUUCCUAUAAUUCUGAUAUUUUCGCAAUGGUUGGUACAUUAUUUCUCUGGUUAUUCUGGCCAUCGUUUAAUAGCGCAGCUUUAAAGGGUGAUGAACAGCAUCGAGCAAUCAUCAAUACUUUAUUAUCUAUAGCGGGAAGCUGCGUCGUUUCAUUUGCCGUUUCUGCUUUCGUUUCCAAACAGAGCAAAUUUAACAUGGUUCACGUGCAAAAUUCGACUUUAGCAGGCGGCGUUGCUAUUGGAACAGCGGCAGGAAUGAUGUGUGAACCUGUAGGAUCUCUAAUGAUAGGCAGCGCAGCUGGUAUGAUCAGUGUUCUUGGCUACAAAUAUCUAACGCCGUUAAUUCAAAAACAUCUUAGAAUACAUGACACCUGUGGAAUUCAUAAUUUACAUGGAAUGCCAGCCAUUUUAGCUGGUCUUUUUGGUGCUCUUUUUGCCGGUUUAGCCACCGAAGCUGAUUACAAUGAUUCUCUCUACGAGAUAUUUCCAGCCAGAAUUCCAGGCUUAGGUCCUAAUCUCACGGAAAUAAAUGAGAAUUACCGGCUCUCACUGAAACCUGGGUGGAACCGCAGUGCUGGACAGCAAGCCGCAUAUCAAUUAUUGGCCCUGGCCGUAACACUUGCCGUUGCUAUUGUUUCAGGAUUAAUAACCGGUUUCAUUCUUCGAAUGCCAAUUUGCGGUAACAUCGCAGAAGAGCAGAAAUUCGAUGACAUUGUUCUUUGGGAAUUCGAAGAUGAGAAUGUAGUUUGUGAAAUUUCAGCCGUUAGUAAGGAUGGAAGAAGUAGUCGUGCCACCGAACAAAUCUCAAUGGGAUAUAUUUAAGCUUAGGAUUAAUAAUCCGGAAGAAGAGGGAUAAUUCGCCGGAUAACGA